AUGGAAGAUCCGGACUAUGAGAUUGAUUUUGAAGCCAGGAACACCUUUCUUCAUGUGACGGUUCGGUCUUCCAAUGCGCCGGCAGUGACCCGAAGUCGGAGUUGGACGCCAUCGACCAGCAGCAACCAUUCCUCUGAACAGUCUGUUCCUUCAGGUUGGUUGCCGGCCAGUCCCCACCCCAACGGUUCUCUGCUCCAGCCCACGCAUCGGGUCUACAACUUGACCUCCUUGAAUUCCAAUAGCUCGAAGGCAUCGUCACAGACCCCCGUGGGGACGCAGCAGUCGCAGCUCAGUGACAAUGUUCAACAGCUGCAGGAAGAGGAAGCUUACGAAUUUCCAUCAAUUGGCUCCGUCGGCCACUGGGAGGGCAAAUGUCAGCCUUGCCGCUUUAUUCAUUUGGCAGAUGGAUGUCGAAACGGAAGCAAUUGCAACUACUGCCACGAAGAACAUGAUACCUCUGGCACCAAGACACAUCGCCCAUCUAAAGGCGUGCGCUCGGGCUACAAGAGAGCAGUGAAUCAGAUCGUCGAGGCAGAGAUGCCCCAGGAGGAGAAGAUGGAAGCGUACCAACGCUUGGCGGAGCGGAGCCCAUACAUGCGUUGCCUUCUGAAAGCAGUGGUUCCAAACAUUGAUGAGAUCAUGAAAGCCAGGGCCGAAGGGGGUGCCAAGGUGGUGGUUCCUCCCGCCAUGCCUCGUGUGCCGGGAUUGCAGCCAAAGGUUGAGGACGCCUGGAAAUUCCGUCAUGCAGAAGGCAUGUCAGCCAUUAAGAAGAUGAUCUCAACUCCAAGAGCCACGUGCCAUCAUGACAUGUCCAGGAUAUCGAAGCAUUUGCUCUACCCGCACUCUGAACCGCCAAGGCACAAGGAUGAGGGGCCACCUUCGCAGCGCCGCUUCGGUAGACAUAUCUGGGAGGAAGAAGCAUGGGCAGGUCCUAGUCAUGCCGGGAUCUAUGAGCCCUGCAGGCAUCCUGCUGAUGGAGGCAUGGGGCCCAUCGGGCCCAUCGGGCCCACCGGGCAAUCCGAUGCCCUGAACAAAAUGAUGUACAAAGAUGGUUCCAGGAGCUUGCGCGCCGAAAAGGCCAAAGGUUUGGUUCCACGGGGCUCACAUUCGUGCUUUGGAGACUUUCCACCAGAUCUUCUACCAGAAAGACUCAGGCCCAAGGUUCGUGCCAGGCCGCAAUCUGCGGGAGCAGUCAUGCAAAAUCCCCGGCAGCUAACGCGCAGCCAGAGCGACCCACAGAUCCGACAGCGGCCGCAAACAGCUGGAGCUGUGAGGGGGCAUGCCAUCCAGCUGGCACAGACUGCUCCGGGAAGACGUCUGCCAAUGACACGACCUUCUUCGGCCACCCUGCCCCGAACUGUGCCAUUCGAUGGUCCUCCAAAAGCAGGGGCGUACAGGCGCAAGCCCAUCAAGCCUUCCAUGUUGAGGGUCUUCUACGAGCGGGGUGAUUUGCCAGUGCAGAUCUACCACGGUUCCAUGGGUAAGCUUUUGUGGAAAGUGGACGUGGAGAAAUUGGACUACCACCACUAUUUGCCCAUUUUCUUCGAUGGACUGAGGGAAAAGGAAGAUCCUUUCCGGUUCAUGGCGGUCACCGGGGCCUAUGACAUGCUGGAAAAGGGCGGAGAUCGCAUCUUGCCAGUGGUACCGCAGUUGGUCAUUCCAUUGAAGGCAGCACUGAACACUCGUGAUCCACAGAUCAUGUGCACCACCCUGAAGCUCUUGCAGAAGCUGGUCCUCAGUGGCGAAAUGAUUGGAGAGGCUUUGGUGCCCUAUUAUCGUCAGAUCCUGCCCCCAUGCUCGCUCUUCAAAAGCCGAAACAUCCCCGCCAAGGACAUGGGCGACUAUAUGGACUAUGGUCAGCGCAAGAACUUGUGCUUGGGCGACCUCAUCACAGAAACCUUGCAGAUUCUGGAGGAGCAUGGAGGAGAAGAUGCCUUCAUCAACAUCAAAUACGUGGUUCCGACCUACGAAAGCGCCGUACUUUGCGGAGUCUGA